CGCGCCGACGAACGGGAGAUCGUCUAGCGCGCGCGUGCUAGAUCGCGACCGAAACCAAUCUCUAAUUGGAUGUAUAUUCCGUGCGGAGACCAUACAAAAUCUUCGUGCGAAUCGUAAAGAGAACAACGGACGCGACAACGACACACGCGUUCGCGUUCGAGAAGCAACGAUCCGCGCUUUCUCGGUGCUUUUUCGCAAGUGCGUUCGCGAGAGAGAUCGCGACGACGACGACGACGACGAAAACCGGUCGUUUCGCGAGUGCGAAAAAGACGAGAGGAAAAAAAGACGAGAAACGAGGGGAAGAAGAAACAAGAAGAAAGAGAGAAGAGGAAGUCGGAAGAUCGAGAGAAACGAUGAAUGAGGAACAGGCUCACGAUGCCAAACAGCAGAUCGCCACGAGUCCCGAGGACACGGAGGACAUGCCCGCGGGUCAGCAAGGUCCGCAGGUACCGCGACGACGGGGCGGAAUCUCGGCGGAGCCGGUCUCCGAGGAGGACGCCACCAGCUACGUCAAGAAGGUCGUACCUAAGGAUUACAAAACGAUGGCUGCUCUGAGCAAGGCCAUCGCCAAGAACGUGUUGUUCGCGCAUCUCGACGAGAACGAGCGCUCCGACAUAUUCGACGCGAUGUUCCCCGUGACCUUCUUGCCCGGAGAGGCGAUUAUCCGUCAAGGCGACGAAGGCGACAAUUUCUACGUGAUCGACCAAGGAGAAGUCGAGAUAUUCGUCAACGGCGAACUGGCAACGACGAUCGGCGAAGGUGGGAGCUUCGGCGAGCUCGCGUUAAUUUACGGAACUCCGCGCGCCGCGACGGUCAGAGCGAAGACCGACGUGAAGCUCUGGGGCAUCGACAGGGAUUCAUAUCGCAGAAUUCUCAUGGGCUCCACCAUAAGGAAACGGAAAAUGUACGAGGAGUUUCUCUCGAGAGUCUCGAUUUUAGAAUCCUUGGACAAAUGGGAGAGACUCACGGUGGCGGAUGCCCUCGAGCCGGUAGCGUUCGACGACGGCGAAACGAUAGUCAGACAGGGCGAACCGGGCGAAGAUUUUUAUAUAAUCGUCGAGGGAACAGCGGUGGUUCUUCAGCAACGUUCGGAAGGUGACGAACCCGCGGAAGUCGGCCGUUUAGGACCAUCUGAUUACUUCGGAGAGAUAGCUCUACUGCUGGACAGGCCCCGGGCAGCGACCGUGGUAGCCAGAGGUCCGCUGAAGUGCGUGAAGCUGGAUCGGGCACGGUUCGAGCGGGUCUUAGGCCCGUGCGCCGAUAUCCUGAAACGCAACAUCACCCAGUACAACAGCUUCGUGUCUCUCUCGGUGUAAAACGGACUGUAUCUCUCUCUCUCCCCGGCAUCCUCUCCCUUAUCUUCCCUCUCUCUGAUUCCAUCAUCGCGGUCAAUGCUGCCGAUCAUCAUCUCCCGACUUCAUUUCUACUCGGGGGAAAGGUCCACAUUAUCUCGCCGUACCAUAAUUAACACUUUUUUUAUUUUAUUAAUAUUUAAGUGAGUUAAAACACAAUUGUAACGUCAGCUAUCGAUCGGACGUGUUGUUUACACACAUACACACAGAGACAAUAUCGUUUAGGGGAACGCUGUUAUUACUACGAUAAAAAGCUAUUUACGCACUCUUGUGUAGCCCGCGGCUCAACGCCGACGCGCACGCAAAUUUCCAUGUUGACCGUUUGAUUUCUUCCGCGUUCGUUCCUACUUUAAAUGUGAGAUUGUCACGUGCACGCGAAGUCUCUUAAUCCGUUAACGCCCAAAAUUCUCCCGAACCAAACAAUUAAGAAGUUGCGAGCAAACUUGGAAAACAUUUUCGACAAAUUCUUUUAACCCGGUAAAGAGUCGCAAAGUUUCAUGUACGUAAAUUAAAUUGUUCCGAGUUGAGGUUUCCGAUUUGUCGCACGUUCCUUGUUUCGAGGACGACGGGUGCUAACGGGUUAAUCCGGUUAGUAGCAUUUUGAAUAGAAGAGGUCUACGUCUACGGUGGAGGUUUUUGAACGAAACUGGUGGUGUAACGUGUCGUGGUUUGAAACCGCGUCCUAAUACGAGGCUGCAACUCUGCGUUGAAGACGCACAAGUAAUAUAUAUAUUAUAUAUAUAUAUAAAUUUAAAGUCGCGAAAAUCCAGUUACAUUUCGCGUUUGUCAUGCGAUGUGAGAUCAAGAUCUGUGUACCAAAUACAUUAAAGCUACGUAUAUAUGAGGCUUCACUGACGUCAGAAGCGAAAAGUUGUGCACGAACGUGUUUCUAUUCCUAUUUGAAGAGGAAUAAAGUAUGGAUGGAAAAGUUCACCGUUGGUUUUGUGUGCCGCGCUCGAGAUAAAAGCGGAUCUCUCAACGAGUUGAUUAAGAUUUCAUAAUAUUUAUUAAUUUAUAAACUUCUCUCUCCCUCUCAAAAAAAAAAAAAAAAAAAAAAAAAAAACUGCACACACAUUUGUAAAUUUUCUCGCUUCUGAUGUCACAAUUCGAUAUGGCUGAGCCAAAAAGCCUUAAAAAUAUUAUCAAUCAAUAUUGAAAGUGACGUUUUCUCGUUUAUUGUUACAUAUAUAUGUAUACUUUAAAUGUUCUAUACGUUGUCACGUGGGGUGGAUUGUUAAAUUAUUUAAUAUUUAAAUUAUUUUAUUGACUGAUAUAUAGCGAAUCGGUUAUUAGUGACGACAGUUGUGCGAAAAUGUCGGCCGCAACUUCCCGAUUGCAAAAUACAAAACCUCGAUUGAUCGAAGUAUUUAUUAUUAUUAAGUGAUGCACCACGAAGCAAAACAACAAAAAGAAACAAACCAAAUUUAUGUACAAUUAUGUCUCUCCUCUAAAAAAAAAAGUGCGAUAGGUUUGUAAUACGACGCGAUACAAAAAAAAACAAGAUACAACGUCAGAAAAUUAAAUAAUUUAUUAUGCACAACACAGUAUCCCCUAAGUAUUGUACAAUGAAACAUCCUGUUCCAGAAUCUAUGUGCAAAUAAUGUAGUUGGUGAGAAAUCGUGCACAACGCGCGCACGUGAAAACGAGCAACUACCACCUAGGAAAGUCUCUCUAGUUCCAAAUUUAAAAAGCGACUUCGACGUAGGAAGAAGUAUCGUCGUCCCGCGCGCAGCGCAUGAAAAACUUUGUAAAAAUUUAUUAUGGAUAAAUUUAAUUAUAACCUAACUUAAAAAAAAAAAAAUAUCACUCAUAAAUGUUGAAGGAGUGAUAAUCACGCAUCUUACUAGACAGGUGAAGGCGUGUACCAGUAGAAACGAUGCUCUUCCUGGUCUUCUCUCUCUCUUCCAAUCUUUCCCCCUCUUGUUUUUAUUCCCAGACGUCUCCCUCGUGCUCCGUCCCUGAGUAAUGAUGAUCCGAAAAAC